AUCAGCUGUGAGGGAGGUGGAAUCAUAUAUUUUUAUUAGAUUCGAUUGGUUGUCUAGUUGUACGCAGUGCCUGUCGGUUAAGUCCCGUGCAGCUGCUGGCUGAGACUCGAGGGACAAACUUUGCCUAAGUUAGUUUGCUUGGCUUGGAAAACUGUUUACAAUUCGGGUCUUGGUCACGGUCUGCUGUAGCCUAGGAGGGACAAAAUGAUGAACACUAUUACGGAACGUUACGAAGCAUUUUUUAAGCAGAAUAACGUGGUAACGGAUUUUCUAUCUGUUUUAGAGAAAAAAACCGGAGUUCAGAAACAGUACAUUGCAACAGGUGCAGUGUGUAUUGUGGGACUUUAUUUGAUAUUUGGAUAUGGUGCCUCUCUCCUCUGCAACUUAAUUGGUUUUGUAUACCCUGCAUAUGUCUCCAUCAAAGCCAUAGAGAGUAACAAUAAAGAAGACGACACCAAAUGGCUAACAUACUGGGUGGUUUACGGACUCUUUAGCGUGGCUGAAUUUUUCUCUGAUAUCUUCCUCUUCUGGUUUCCCUUUUACUAUGCCGGGAAGUGCCUGUUUCUGCUGUGGUGCAUGGCUCCGUUCUCAUGGAAUGGCUCUCAGAUCAUAUACACACGUGUGGUGAGACCUUUCUUCCUCAAGCAUGAAGCAGCAUUUGACAACGUUGUCAGUGAUUUGAGUGGCAAGGCCAAGAGUGCAGCAGAGAGCGUGGCAAAGGAAGGCUUGACAUUGCUGAACAGUGAUAAGAAUAAGUGAUUUGAAGGUGGGGAUAUGAAGAAUCAUUUUACCAGGAUCCCUGUGUUUACAUUUGUUUAAUUUAUUAAGUCACUGAAAUGAUUCAUCUUUACUGCAUCUGAGCCAGGCAGUGCAAUCAUCCCAAGAUGGCCCUUAAAUGUUCUUAAAUUUCUCAAAUGGUCUACAAACGUUCUUGGGAUACAAUUUUGUGUUCAUCCUAUAUUAUUUUAGCAAUUUGUAAGAAAAUGUUUAAGUCACUGUCUUUUAAUAAAUAAAACUGGAAUGAGCUAUGCCUAAAUAGAAAUCAUGUUCUCCAAAUUUAUAUCCGUAGUCUUCAUUUUUUUUUUUUCACCAAAUAUUAAAGUUGAACUUUAAGUUGCUUCUGUUUUGUCUCAGGAAAAGUUAAAUAGGCUUGUCUUCAUAAGUUUGUCUUUUUCAGUGUAGUAGUUUCAGGCAUGACCAACAUAUGUUGAUGUAUGAUGGUGUAUUUGCUACAGUAUGUUGUCUAGCUCUGGGGGUCACAUGGAUAACUAAAUUUGUCAAAUACCAUGCAUCAUAUUUCCCUUUCUGUAAGAUCAAGGUCAUUGUAUGUAUGUGAUUCUAGGUUGAUGCUGAGGUGCAGAUAUUUUAAAUUGUGACCUUGAACUUUAGACUUCUGAAGUUGUGGCUUGUAGGGUCAGUUUUGUGUUUGAGUCGAGGUGGCCCACUGAUGGCUUCAUUGAUGUAUUUGUCAACCUUGUCAACCCCUACUUUCUACGGCACCUUGGCUGCGUCUGAAAUCGUAUGAUCUCUUGACUAGGUACUUAUUUCGAAUAAGUAAUUACUUUUUGACUGCUAAAGUAUGUUCUAUAUAGUUUUAAUGUAAUCUGGACAUACUACAUUCGGCAUGUUGCCCUUAUGUGACCUACCUAAAUCAUCUGCGUCGCUUCACUGUCAUUCACAAAUCCUCUCCAGUGGCCUCGUGGGACGUUGUAUAGUGUGCACACUUCAGAAUCUCGCUGGAAGAAGUAGGUCAUUCGUGUUUUUUGCCUACUCUUAAUGUGAAUUCAGACAUACAACUUUUGUGACAUACUGCUUUUCGGCUACUAAAUGAGCCGUUUGCGAUUUCAGAUGCAGCUCUGGUUUGGUUCAUCGUGCAGAUUGAGGGUCAUGAAUCCAAGAUGUCAUGAGAGUUUGAGACGUAACUACAGGGGUGCGGGGUUGAUUUUUGUACAUUACUGCUAGAGAAAUUUAUACUUGUAGUAUUGUGGGUUUGAGAUCAGAAAAUGAGACCUAAAAAAUGAACACCAUAAACCAGUACGGCUGUUUAGAGACACAGUAUCUCCAGAUUUACCCAGAAAUAACACUAUUUUAGAGUUAUAGGGCAUUAAAACAUUAUACAUGGGGAUAUUAAGAUGUUAUGCAACAAAGCUGUUAUUUUAUGUUUUUUUUUCCCCAUAGUGUACAGAGAAAUAUAAAGCCAUUUUACACCCUUUCAGUAUGCUGAACUUGAGAAGACUAAUUACCUCCUCAAGCUGCAAAUAGGCUAUCAGUGAACAAAAACAGGCCAGGCUUCAUGAGUCAUUCUUUAUAACGGGAGAUAAUGGAAGUAUAUAAUUUGUAUGUACUUGUGAUGUUUUUAGUGCAACAGCACUGUCAGGGUUGUCAAUUAUUGUCAAUAAGAAUUUACUUUGUCAUUUGUGUAGCCUUUUUUACAAUUGUUUACAAUCUUGAUCUAAUUGUUUAAAUGAGUCUGCACCCUUCCCUUUAGUAACAUUUGCGGUGCUUGAAAUACUGUACUUUCAUACUAUUCAUGCUACAUAAGAAAAUAAAUACAUGUAUAUAUUUAUCAUAUUCUGUAUGUGAUAACCAAAUUAAUUCAAUAAUUAGCUUGAGAUGUUGAUUGUAUCUUACUAUACAAUGAGUCUGUUUGCCAUUACUAGUAUUUUUGUUUUUUAAGAAAUAGAAUGCAAAGCAUAAAGAUCUUAAUGUUUCCUUGGUGGCAUUAAUGAAAACAAAAGAUCUACAGUAAAUGUACACAAAUUUAAUAGCCUAUAUAUUUAUAUACAUGUUAUAUUUUAUAUAUAAAAAAUGCAAAUAGUAUGUGCACUUUCAUAUUAAUGGUGCAAGUGUAGAGUGUGCAAAUACAGAGGUUAAGUAUUUGCCAUAACAGAGUGUGUGCAAUGUUGUUUAAUUGGGCAAUGAGUAUGUGUAAUAUUUGUUCAGGGAAGGCAACAGUUGUAGUGCAAGUGGGAAUUCAAGUAUACCACGGGGACUCAGAAAGAAGUAAACAAGGGUGUGUGAAUCCCUAUCUGAUUGUUUAUUCAUGUUAAAAGCUGAGCUAUAGCGGAACAGCAUUCUCAGGUUACCUGUAUUGCACGAGGACUAUGUGAAUGGUAUGAAAGCGGUCUCAGUGCACCUGUGAGUAGGCCUACUCUAAGCAAACUGUAGAUCUGAGUUCACAGAGAUUUGGGUCUGCAUUGACCUCAAUCUGUUGAAGCACUAAUACUGACAGUUUCCAUUUAACCUCCUGAGACACGGGAGUUUACCUGGUGUGCAUUUUAUAAUUGUUCUUGCUAUUUGGGAUAAGUAGGACCUAAUAAGUAUAAUAACAAAAACUGGUGUUUGUACAGGAAGUAGGUUUUCUAUAAAAGGAUGUCCUCAUGCGAGGACAGUGGGUCUAUCUUAAACAAUUUUCUUUUCUUUUUUAAUAGCUUAAGAAUGGGCCAAAUGAUGGUGACUCCAAAAAUUUAAUGCCGUAUGUCUGAUGAAUAAGCACCGCCUGGAUGCAAUUGGCAAAUAAAUUCACACAAGAUUGUAUGAAUUUGGUCUGAAAUACAUGGAAAGGUUAUAUAUUUAUUAGUGUUGACAAUAAAGUCUACUUUUGCUCUUUCUGAA